CUAGGUGUCUGUACCCUUUGGGUGUCUGAUUAAAUUUUGACUUCUAAGAUAUCUCUUCUCAUCGAAUCGAGCUCAGAAUGCAUGCGGCGAAGGCAGCGAGAAACUCAGGUUUUACGCCCUGCCCAGAGAAGUGUCUGUUUGCAGAAUGAGGAAGAUAUCGGAGAGUGCUUCGAAACUUCCACCGGACCGCCCAUCUUAUUUCUACCUGAAUGAUUUUUUGGAAAUGGUCCAAAAUGUUCCGCAGUUUUUCCACAGUCCUCCAAAACAUGUUGAUAUCACAGAGGGACGAAGAUCUCCGCUUGUCUUGCGCUCGUCGCUUGAGCUGGAAACAACAAGCCACCCAACCUGUGAGCAGCAUCAAAAGACCAUAGACUAUUUUCAGUGUCUUGGAUUUCCUUCUCCAGGAACAUAUGAGUCUACGACUACAUCGCAACUCUCUUCCGCCGGCCUGCCAGAACACCAAGGUUAUUUCACGAGUAUCGUUUUGGCUUGGUCGUACGUAUUCUGUUGUCGCUGGGUUGAAAUACUCGAGUGUGCUGGCAUGAAGAGCCAGCUGCUGCAUGCUGAUGGCGAACAGCUUCAAAACUGCUUUUGGGAUCUGGUCAUACACAGUCGGUGGUCGGCUCAGGUGACCCGUGGGAAAGCGACCUUCUAUGCACCAUGGAUGAUAUCCAACAGACACUCUAAUCCGGCACAAAGUGAUGGCUGGGUUCAAAUCUCACCGAACUCGUCACUCGCAUUUGAUAUCCUGCUCGACUUUUGCACUUCAAACGGACUAGAGGAAGAGUUGCUCCUAGGGUUUGGAGCCAUUUUGAUGCUAACAUCAAGGAACGCGCCUUCGUUAAAGCUUCAUCCACCGACGAUGAUUUUUCUUCCUGCGAAACAGCCUGAACAUAACUCUACUUUUCGGCAGCUCUGGGAGUCGCUUGACAAAUGCAUGUCUCUCAGUGCCACGCAGGAUGCUCUUGAUUCUUUGCUUUGUAGCGCAUUCUUUGAUCCAAGGGUUCCUUGCAAUCUAAUCGGAGCUGCAUCUUUGGGUGUUAAAAAAGCUCUCCUUAUGCAUGAUGGUGACAAUUUCGAGAAGCUACUGCACGCAGUAGCAUACAGACGGCCCCAUCUCACUCUCCUGUGGCAUGCUGUUGCGUAUAGUCAUCUGGCAAUGCCCAUACUGAACUUGGUGUUAAGCGGCCUUCCCCCUAUUUGCCUGGCUGCGGCCUUUUGGACCGAUACGCAUCAAUCGUUCCUUCAAAUACCAUAUUACCCUGAUGGUUCAAUGGAUAUAUCUAUUCCCCGUGCAUAUGAGUUUAGUCUUUCCUACUUUUGCCGCCCAGAGGUCAGGGCCCCAUGGACACCAGCUCCUCCAUUCGGGUCGACGACUAUUGAAAACUUGGGCCUUGAAAUUAGAUCUCAUUAUUGCCAUAGACAUAUCCCUCUAUCAUGGAAGUGCUACUGGAAUCAGCGAGGUGGUGAGAGGCUCCCAGCCGGUCCGCAGCACCAACUCAAGGCAGCUGGUAAAGUAAAUUUGCAAUGCUUUGAGACAGGCAGCAAGUGGGACUUAGAAGAGAUAAAACCCGAUGCGAAACGCGAUGCAGAUGAGCAGUCGUGGGGUGCAACAUCCAGGCUUUUCAAUUGGCAUAGAUUCAACGAAGAUGGGUUGUGGCUUCAGGACGGAACAAUGGACGCGGAGCAAAUUCGUCAGCUGCAGCAGCAUCCAUGGAUUGUGGACCCCUUUGACGACGGAGGUCGGUUCAGUAAGGUGGCUGAAGCCAAACCCCCUGAAGUAUGCCGAGAAAGCAUCUUGGAAUGGGUUGCGAAAGUGGAACCGUGA